AUGGACCAGCGAACCAGGCUUCGCAAGGCCUGUGAUGCCUGCAGUAUUCGAAAAGUGAAGUGUGAUACUGGUGGGCCGCCGUGUCGGUCAUGCGCUAGCUUGGAGAUUCCAUGCACCUAUGAAAGACCCAGUAGACGGCGCGGUCCUCCCAACCGCCACGCAGAGGCUUUCAAGAAACAAAAGCGUGAACCCGAAGAGACUUCCUUGAGUCCUGCAGAUUACCCCCUGGUGACAACCCCACAGCCAACUGCGGCGACCCCGGCAACGCCGCUAGUCACCCAGUUGGCAUCGCCUCCCUUGUCGGCAGAGUCGAUAUGUUCAUUGCGCACAGUGCAACUGCUGUUAGAUGACUUCUUUACUUAUAUUCAUCCAUUGGUUCCUAUUCCCCAUGAGCCAUCUUUCCGAGCAGCUUUCGAGCGCAGGGAGGAUGUCACCAGCCACACCUUUUUGGCGCUAUUGGCCUCGAUGAUCGGUCUGCUGGUCGCGUCCUUUCCGCGAAGGCCCAAGUUACGAUUAAACACUGAAGCAGAGCGCACUGCUUUCCCCAAUUCUAUCGCGUUGGUGAAGCGAUGUCUGGACGUGGCUAUUCAGGCUCGCGGUACUGGGUAUCUUGACCGUGACGCCACGGUCUAUGAUGCAGCGAUCAGUUACUUCGUGGCCGUGUGUACAGGCUACAUCUACAAUAUGAGUCGGUGUCGGGUCUAUCUGUCAGAAUGCCGGGUUAUGCUUCAGGUCUACGAUCUAUGUCGAUCCCCCGCCCCGUCGACACUGGGAGUCAAUAGCCCGGCAUUACACACGGCAGGUUCGCAAGACUACCCACCACCUAAUUUCAUGGAAAGCCAAAAGGUGGACCUCAUUACGCAGGAACUAGGUCGGCGGCUAUUUUAUGUUACCCUCGUAGGGUAUCAAACGCUACAUCAAAUGGGCAAUUCUGAUAUCAAAGUCCACGUUCCCCCGGAGACCCCAACCCAUCGUUAUCCACCACUACCACUGGAAGUCGAUGAUGAAUUUUUAUUUUCAUCGCAUGUUGAGCCACAGCCGUCCGACCGUGUCUCACAGCUAGUCGGCUUUAACGCGAAUGUUCGCGUCUACAGCUCAUAUACCGCCCUCCUAUCCUGGGAGAUAGCUUUUGGCAGCGGCCAAAUUUUCGACUGGGAGCACCAACGCAAUAGUCUUUGGGGAUGUCUCAAAGCAGCCAAGUCGACUUUACUCGACGUCCCCAUUGAACUCUCCCUUCAUCAUCCCAAGACCUCCACUGCAGGCCUGUCCGGUGUUGGCGAAGAUGGCGGCGUCUUGAGUUACUCCGAUGACCACAUCUACCAAGAAAGACGUGCCAUCCAGUACGAGAUCCAGAAAGCCAAUAUCUACGCUAGCCAAUUAUGCACCCGAUCCUAUCUAGUCGAGAAGUACUGGAGUCUGUUCGAGACAUUCUCGCGAUAUGGAAAGUCAUUCAAAUUCACCGCUCCCGGCAGCACCACACCUCAAAUCAAACAAGAAGGCAUCCCAGAUCUAACUCCCACCUCACCUUCUUUCCCAACAACAAUCCCAAUCCCAAUCUCCACCAGUCCCUCAACUCCCACACAAACCCAAACACACGUCCAGGCAGAUACAAUCGGCCACAUGAUGGCCGAAGAGCGCAAGCUGGUGAUCAAAGAUCUCUUCGUUCUUCUACGAACAGUGAACGAAGUGAACAUGGAACCAAACGGUGCCAGCAUCACCGGAAAAAUCCGCCAAGUAGCAUCAACUCUCCUCAGUCUUCCUCGUCCCAAACACACCGAGACUCCAUUGCCGUCAUCUACGCCGGGUCUCGUCCUCACGCCCACAGAAGCAGAAUCAUAUCUACAUGCGUUCAUUGAGACUCUUGUCAGGUUGGAAUGUCAUUCCUCCAUGGCUGAUUCUGCAGGAAGCGUGAGUCCGCAGAUGAAUGGUCGCGCCAUGAGUUAUCUUAGUGAUUACGAGCGUGAUCAGGAGGAAUUGAGUCAGUGGGCAAGCUUGAAGGAGUAUCAGCAGAAAUUUGCAGAGGCUGGAGGCCUGAUGUACCAGUUGUAG